AUGCAGGCCGAUAUUCUGAAGCUGCUCUCGACACUGAUCCCGCCCGCUCCGACGACAGGCUCGUCCGUGACGGGCUUGGACGACAAGCUUGCUCUUCAGAGCUUUCUCUAUCGCUUUCACCUCCAGCACUUUGGAUGCGCACCACCCUGGUCUUGGUGUCGAAGCGACGGCCCUCUCUCCGAUGCUAUCGGGUCUGAUCUAUACGGUCUUACCAAGGAGUGGGGCGCCUUAUGCCAUCCAUGCCGUCUCUACUGGGCAUGCAGCUACCUCAAGGGGGGAUCAGACCAAGGCGGCUAUUUGGGCCCUGGACCGGGCGAGACCGAGACGCCAGACUGCCGUCCCCCGCAUGACCCCGCAUAUCUGUAUGAGGAAGAUCCGGGCUGUAUGGCAACCGAACAAAAAACGGUCGACAGUCCAGACGCAGGCCAGGCCGACGAUGUCGAGCUGACUCUCACACCCGAGGUCAUCGAAAUGUUCCGACACUCGGAGCGGUUUCGUCUUGAACGGGAGAAAGAGAAGCGGCUUGAACAAGAGGCCCAGGCCCAAAAGGAACAGAGAGAUCUCGUUAAGGCCGAAGAACAGAGGCUAAAGCGAUCUCAAGGCCAAACAACGCUGUAUGGCCGCCUGGAACAGAACCAGGCCAUCGACAGCCUCGAGGCCUACUUGAAUCACCAUCACCAGAUCCAGCAACAGCAACUGAAGCCUGUUCGGUGGCCCAUUCUUCCCAUCCGAAUGAUUUUCGACUGA